CGCAUCUAGUCUCGUCUUUUUCUUGGUGAAAGACCGGGGGGGAACGGGGGAUCUUUCCUUUUCCAUUUCCAUGCCAGACCGGGCGCCAGCCAGGAGGAGAACCGGCUCGCAAAGGCGUUUCCUUUCCUGGGUUUUUCCCCCUACCGUCGUUAGGCUUUUCUAGGGUUUUUUCCAUUUCUAGCAGCAGUCACCACCGUGAUAGCCAGACAGCAACCCCGUCCAAAUCCCAUUUCCAGAUACCCGUUGCUGAAAUGAUUGGCGGGACCUGGGACAUCCCAGGUUGACAAAAUCUUGUGUUUCUUUGUUGUUGUUGUUGUUGUUGUUGUUGUUGUUCUGUGGUGCGCAUUUGCUGAAGGAAGCGCGAAUGGAUCGCCUCCGUCCCAGGCAUAGGGAGGCCUUCUCUGGGUUCACGAAUGCCGAGAUUGAGAAAUUGGAGAUGUUGCUGGAAAAAUCAGGAGAAGAGACAUGUAGUAAGGAAUUUUGUCGGAAAAUUGCAAUAAGUUUCAAUCGCUCUGCUGGUCGUGCUGGAAAGCCUUUGAUAAAGUGGAUGGAGGUCCAGAGUUGGUUCGAGAAGAGGCAACAAGAGCAACACAAAGUUACUUUUGCCCCUGAUUCUGGCAAGAACGAGUCUGAGAUACCAGCAAAUUGCCCUAUUGAUAAAACAAAUGGAAAUUCUCAAAUGCCUAAAGCAGGGCAAAAGAUCUCAGACUUAACAGAAUUGGAAUUUGAGGCCAAGUCUUCAAAAGAUGGGGCAUGGUAUGAUGUUGAUAAUUUUCUUGGCCACAGGUUUCUAGACUCAGGUGAAGCUGAAGUUCUUGUCAGAUUUGUUGGGUUUGGGGCUGAGGAGGAUGAAUGGAUUAAUGUGAAAAAGGGUAUUAGGCAACGCUCAGUCCCGCUAGAGAGUUCGGAAUGUGACAAGGUUAAAGUUGGGGACCUUGUCCUCUGCUUCCAGGAGAGGAGGGAUCAGGCAAUUUAUUAUGAUGCUCAUGUCAUAGGAAUUCAGAGGAGAAUGCAUGAUAUUAGGGGCUGCAGGUGCCUCUUCUCGAUACGCUACAAUCAUGACAACACCGAGGAAAAAGUUCGCUUGAGGAGAUUGUGCUGGACGUCGAUGUGACAGAUGAUCUCAUCCUCAAACUUUGUUCUCGGAGAUUCAUUAGGCUGCUUCUUCUUCUCAGCUUGCUUUCUGUCUGUGGUUGGUAGGAGUUGUAGGACCUGUUAUUAACGGUUGAAGUGGCAAAUUUUGUUGGUUCGAUGGUUCUCUGUUGCGCUUGGUGAUAGAUUUUUGGUAUAUAAUAUACAUAGUGGAGUUUUCAAUUUAAGCACCGCUCAUAUCUGCGAUUACAUGUGUAUUUGCUGUGAUGCUCCUCGAUACAACUGAUUGGGCAGAUGUUAAUAUGCAACUGCGAUAAA